AUGCCUGGGAGCGAUAUCAGGACGCCAGCUGCUUCAAUUAGAAGCAUUAGACGACUGCAUCGAUACGGCGCAGGUGCUGUUCGUACAGGCGGAUCUUGUCUAAUCACGGACUACGGCCCCGCAGGCGGGGUAAGUAUACGAACGGGGAAAGCAGAAGCUAGCAGAAUCAAAGCGAAGACAAUACGAAGGAAGCGGACGGGCGGCUAUGCAGGUGAGAUGAGUAAUGACAACUGGGGGAACGAGAGGGGUCUGCUGGGCAGAGAAGCAGAAGCCGAAGCCAUGGAGGACAAGAGAGGGUCGAAGGGUGGGUUGAUGGGUCAAGUUUGGGUGAGGCAGUUGCGGUCGAGGUCAGUGGUCAGUGGCCAGUGGCCAGUGGCCAGUGGUAUUAUGAAGGGUGAGGAAUUAGGCCGCAGUUUCAGAUGGGGGAAUUCCCCGCCUCCGACGGCGACGGGAACUGCUAGAGAUGGCAUGCUUCGCCAUGUGUUGCAAUUGAGACGUGGCUUGGCAAAGGACGCAAUGCAGCAGCGCGCUCUGGGCCUGGUGAUUUCAGGAUGUGUUGCACGGGUCGAGGCAGACAUGGGCGACAUGGGGGACAUGGGGUGA